AUGUCACAACUCUACUCUACACAUUAUCCACAAGCAAUGACUCCUCCUCCUGAUCGCAGAUCUACUGCUGCCUUUGAUGCUCUAGAAGACAUUAGUGACUCGUCCGAGUUUGAAGAAUACGGUCAUGAAAUCGCCCUCGUUAUGAAGGAAUUGGAGGAACAAACCGCUGCUCGACCAACAUACAUGUCUGAACAGCCUGAAGUCACUUGGAAGAUGAGGAAAACACUCGUAUUAUGGUUGAUUGAGGUGCACUCGGAAUAUCACUUGCGUCAAGAAACUCUAUACUUGGCCGUCAACAUACUCGACCGAUUCUGCUCUCUACGUAAAGUCCCACGUACUCAAUAUCAACUCUUGGGUGUAACUGCUCUAUGGAUUGCUGCCAAAUAUGAAGAAAACCAUGGUAGUGUCCCAACAUUGAAGCAACUCUACAGCAUCUGCUGUGACUCGUAUCCAGAACGUGAAUUCAUCCAGAUGGAAUUGGUUCUACUCAACGAAAUCAAGUUUGUAUUGGGUCAUCCAACUGCUGAAGCAUUCUUGAAGGCCAACUGCCGAUUCAUGAAUUGUGUGGAACCACAGUCAAGAGCAUUGGCUCGAUAUAUAUUGGAGUUUACCCUCAUACACAAAGAAUUCCUCGUAUUCCCACCAUCCAUGCUUGCUACUGCUAGUAUCCUAGUGGCUGAAAUCAUCCGUGGUAAUCAUAACUAUAAUUUUAGUGAUCCUAAUUUAUGUGACUGCAUGGUAGCCUUGUCUGAACAUUUGAUGCAACCACCAGAAACUCUUGUAAAGAAGUUUGCAUCAAACAAGUUCUUACGAUCUGCUAUUGUCGUUCGGAACUGGGUCGAAAUCGGAUGUCCCAAUCGACACUUGAUUGGUCAACCAUCACCAUCUCCAUCUCCAGCAUACUCAGGUUUACCAACACCGCCCAAAUAUCCGUUGCCAGCACCUGCUCCAGCAAACAGUUGGGAUAUUCCACGAACACCAAUAUCACCAUCUAUGGUCUCAUCUCUACCGGCCUAUUGGGUAUCUCAAUUAUCACAACAGGAAGAAGCAACAGCAGCAUAUGGAGGACUGCUAGGAACAUCAAUAUCAUCGCAAUCUUCAUGCUCUUCAGCCUCAUCAACCUCAUCGGCAGCAUCGUCAGCAUCCAUAUCAUCAAUGACAUCGAUUACAUCGGCCUUGUUGACUGCUUCGUUGGAGACAAGGCUACCACCACAACACCCACGUCGAGCCAAUGACCAUCAGCUCGAACACUUCCCUACCGUAUAUAUGUCGUAA